AAAGUUUCAUCAUGUGCCAAAGUGAAACCUAAAAGCUGCAUAAAAGUUGUUUCGACUAUUUAAAUAAAAAUUUCACCGAAGCCCAAGUUUCUUCUUCUAUACUUUUAUUAUUUUAAAAAAAAAAACUAAAACAAAUGCCUCUCUCUAUUACUGAAAAACGUCGUGUUGCUCUUGCUUAUGAUGGUAGUGAAGAUGCUGACAGAUUAUUCGAUUGGUCCGUCAAGAACAUUGUUCGCCCUGAAAGUGAUCAUAUCAUCCUCCUAUCUGCUGUCCAAAGACACGAAAAGUCAAGUCCUUCCCUUUUCAACAAGAAGGAUGAAAAGCCCAAGGAAGCUGAAUUGCCCAUGCUCUCUACUACUGUUACCAAGGUGGAUGAAGCCAUCAAGGACAUUGAACAUCAUCCUCAAGGUCAAACUGCUCGUCAACGUCUGGAAGACAUGUCUGCUAAACUCCGUCAAAUCAAUGUCUCUAGUGAGGAACAUAUCUUGUGGGGAGACGCAAAGACUCUCUUACCCCGUUAUACAGAGGCUCAUAAGGUAGAUUUAUUAAUCGUUGGUUCGCGUGGCUUAAGUACUGUCAAGAGUGUCUUUUUGGGCUCCGUGUCAGACGCCUGUCUUAAAAAUUGUCCUUGUCCCGUUCUCGUUGUACGUAAUGCUACCAUCUAAGUCUCCCUAAUCAAAAUAUAAUAUAUACAAUAUACAUAUAAUACAUAAAAUAAA